GAUUUGCAGAUUUGCAGAUUUGCAGCCUUGUUGUGGCUGACGCCUUCCCGCUUAACAGCCUAUAGAGUAAAAUCUUCACGUUCACGUACGGUAGCCUUGAAGAACCUUGGAAUACAUCACGUCGCCACUCCAAAGAAAUCCACCAAUUGCUAUACAACAUCCAUCACGCUCAAUUUCUCUAAUCAUGGCCGCAGCACAACCAGGCCAGAGCAAAUAUGUAACGCUCGUAUCUUGCGAUGGAUUUGAGUAUGUCGUUUUGAGAGAAGCUGCCUGUACCAGUGUUGCGAUUAAGAAGAUGUUGGAUCCAUCCAGUGGUUGGGAAGAGUCUCAGACAGGAAUCUGCCGUUUCUCAGAGAUCAGUGGUGUCGUCCUUGAGAGAGUCGCCGAAUACUUUUACUACAACUACAAGUAUCGCAACUCGGAGAAUGUGCCAGACAUGGAAAUUCCUGCAGAGUUGUGCCUAGAGCUAUUGAUGGCAGCCGAUUACUUGGACACAUGAUACGACUCCUCUCGAAUCGGUUUAAUGGCUGCGAUGGCGUUUGCGAAUACUCGGGAUGAGAAUCAUGAAUAUGGGAAUGCGGAGUCGAUAGGAAAUGAAUCAUUCGACCUACUAUCUC